AUGAACCUGGAUGAUGUUCGUGCCCAGGCCAUCGGACAACUCUGCUCCACGGGCUCGCUCAAGAGCAAUCUUGAUCAAUGUGUCAAGCUUGCCACAAAAGCCUCCCAAGGAGGUGCCAAAAUCCUAUUCCUACCAGAGGCGUCUGACUACAUCGCCUCCAGCGCGCAGGAGUCCCUCGCCCUAGCCGUACCGCAGGCCAUGUCACCUUUUGUCGCCGGUCUGUGCGACACAGCCAAGCAGCACGGCCUCGCCAUUCACGUUGGGAUCCACGCCCCGUGCCCCUCCAUCCAGGACAAGCUCGUCAACCGCGCGCUGUACAUCCAGGAGGAUGGCAGCAUCAACGACGCAGCGACCUAUGACAAGCUCCACGUGUUCGACUACGGGUCGCUCCGAGAGAGUGCCACCGUGCAGCCCGGGACAGCGCUCACGCGGCCCUUUGCUUCACCCGUUGGCAGGAUAGGCAGCCUCAUCUGCUUCGAUCUUCGCUUCCCCGAGGCCAGCACGGCCCUCGCGCAGCCGGGGCCCUCGAGUUCGUGGCGGGAUGGCCCCGCGCAGAUCCUCACCUUUCCGAGCGCGUUCACCCUGCGAACGGGCGAGGCGCACUGGGAGACGCUGCUGCGCGCGAGGGCGAUUGAGACGCAGAGCUGGGUGGUCGCCUCGGCGCAGGUGGGACAGCACAACGACAAGAGGGCGAGCUACGGCAAGAGCAUUGUCGUUGAUCCGUGGGGCAAGGUUAUGGUGCGACUGGGCGGUGUCAAGGACGCCGAGGGGGGGAACGGCGAGGCAGAGGACGGAGCGGUUGGGGCCAUUGGGUUUGUGGACAUUGACAUUGACGAGGUCGAGCGCGUGAGGAGGCAGAUGCCUUUGCAAAGGCGAUGGGACGUUUACCCAGAGCUAUGA